AUCUCUCUCCCUUUUACCGCCAUCGGAGCGGAGUCUCUUUCUUCCCCGAGACCGCUUCACUGCGCAGCGCCGCUCAACCAGUCCAGCCUCCGGCCACAGAGCGAAGCAUUCUUCUACACUCAGCAAAGAUGGCAGACAUGGACAACAAAGACCAGGCUGAGAUGGACCCGGCAGAUAUGGAAGACGUGGAGGAAGUGGAAGAGGAGGAGACGGGGGGAGAUGAAAACAGCAAAGCCCGUCAGCUGACUGUGCAGAUGAUGCAGAACCCACAGAUCCUGGCUGCUCUGCAGGAGAGGCUGGAUGGUCUGAAUGGCUCACCAUCAGGGUACAUGGAGAGUUUACCAAAGGUUGUAAAGAGACGUGUGAACGCCCUGAAGAACCUGCAGGUCAAAUGUGCCCACAUUGAGGCCAAGUUCUACGAAGAAGUACAUGAACUGGAGAGAAAGUACGCCGCCCUCUACCAGCCCCUUUUUGACAAAAGAAGUGACAUAGUGAAAGCAGCCUAUGAGCCCACAGAUGAGGAAUGUGAAUGGAAGGCGGAUGAAGAGGAAGAGCUGACAGUAAGUAAGCAGGAUGAGAUGAAGGAGAAGGCCAAGUUAGAGGAAGAGAAAAAGGACGAGGAGAAGGAAGACCCCAAAGGCAUCCCCGAGUUCUGGUUAACGGUUUUCAAGAACGUGGACCUGCUCAGUGACAUGCUGCAGGAACACGAUGAACCCAUCCUUAAACAUUUACAAGAUAUUAAAGUAAAAUUCUCAGAUCCAGGACAGCCAAUGAGCUUCACAUUAGAGUUCCACUUCGAGCCCAACGACUUCUUCACAAACACAGUGUUGACGAAAACCUACAAGAUGAGGUCAGAGCCCGACGAGAACGACCCCUUCUCCUUCGACGGACCAGAGAUCAUGUGCUGCACAGGUUGCACGAUUGACUGGACGAAGGGCAAGAACGUCACGUUGAAAACAAUCAAGAAGAAACAGAAGCACAAGGGCCGCGGCACAGUCAGGACGGUCACCAAAACGGUCCCCAACGACUCCUUCUUCAACUUCUUCACCCCACCAGAGGUUCCAGAAAAUGGAGAGCUGGACGAGGACUCGGAGGCAGUUCUGGCUGCUGACUUUGAGAUCGGCCACUUCAUCCGCGAGCGCAUCGUACCUCGGGCUGUGCUCUACUUCACAGGAGAGGCCAUCGAGGAUGAUGACGAUGAUUACGAUGAAGAGGGAGAGGAGGCAGACGAUGAGGAAGGUGAAGAGGAGGCUGACGAGGAGAACGACCCCGACUAUGAUCCCAAGGUUUAAGUGGUGACAGUAGAAAAAUAACCCUAUCCUGAAGGAUGCAGCCCCCCCAGCUGAGUGCAAGCAGCAGUGAAGCCUGGCCUGGCUGCCUUGAGGAUCCACUGCACUGUAACAGCUUCUCAAAUUACAACAACAACAAGAAAAAAAAAAAAAAAAAAAAGGAAAAAAAAA